GCAGCAAAUUAGCUGCUGUACAUAUCCACCCCGCCCCCUACCGAGUCUGUGGAAUGUACGAAGUAGGAAGUUGAUAGCCAAAGCUGAACUCACAGAAAGACGAGACGAACGAGAGUUUCUUAUUGUUCAAGCAGCUUCUGCUGGUCAGAAGAACCAAAGUAGAAGAAUUGAGAGUGACACAUUCUUCAGAGAGUCCACCAAACACCUUGAACAUUUUACAAAACGGGGCCUUUGUGACUGAGAGUGUGUCUUACUCAAGUUUUCACCACAGAUGUCGUUAGCAGAGCAGAGCCAAAAAUGGUUACCUACCAAUGUUCAAGUGACUGUCAUUCAGGCCCGUGGCCUGAGAUGCAAAGGGAAAAAUGGCCUCAAUGAUGCCUACUCUAUUAUCCAGAUGGGAAAAGAGAAGUUCUCCACUUCAGUGGUGGAGAAGAGCUUAACCCCUGUGUGGAGAGAAGAAGCUAGCUUUGAGCUUCCCUUCUUUCAGCAAGGGAAUGAAAACAAAUGUAUUCUGUAUGUCAUCGUCAUGCAUAGAGCCCUGGUGGGGCUGGAUCAGUUCCUCGGCCAAGCAGUCAUCAAUCUGAUGGAGCUUAAUGAAAACAAGAGCCGCAACAAGACAGAGUGGUUCAAGCUACAUUCCAAACCAAAUAAAAAAGAGAAAGAGCGUGGUGAGGUUCAGGUGGACAUACAGUUUAUGAGGAACAACAUGACAGCCAGCAUGUUUGACCUGUCUGUCAAAGACAAAUCUCGUUCCCCAUUUGGCAAGCUGAAAGACAAAAUCAAAGGGAAGAAAGAUGCAAAAGGCUUUUCUGAUUCUGCUUCAGCCAUUGUUCCCAGUGUCACUCAGGUAUUGACAGACAGUGAAGAUGAUGGUGAAAAAAAAGUGCAUCAACAGUUAGAUACCAAGAAAAAAUCCCCCACAAUUAAGUCACUCUUCAAACCCAGCUCUCGUCUUCAACGCACCUCUCUUUCUCAGUCCAUGUCAGUGCUACCAACUCUUCAGCCCCUUCCAGAGACCAGAUCAGAACUGAAGACCAGCCCAUCCUCUGAACUUGAUAAUGACAGUCUUAAUGAACUGAAGAGUAAAGCCGAUAGCAAGCCCCCUCUCAAAUUCUUGACCCACAAGCGUACUCAGAGUAGUGAGGCCAAGCAGUUACAACAGCUUUCAGGCAAAAAAGAGCCAUUCUCUCUGCUAGGAGGUCUGCGCCCCAAAAAUGACCCAGUGUCUCGCUCUAAUGUAUGCAUUAAUGGCAGCCAUGUGUACACAGAAGAGCCAGAGGUACAGAAGCCUUCUUUGACUGGAUCUUUGCAGAACCUGUCAAAAAGUGCAUCUGGCUCAGUGGAAAAUCUCAAGGAUAAGACCUCUUCCAUCGAAUCACUUAAAAGCUCUGCAGUGCAUUCUUACAAAGGAAAUAUUGAGAUUGCUGGUUCCCAAGAGGAAGAAGAGAAACUGCAGGUAGAAGAUAAAUUCAAAGAUGAUGAAAGAAAGAAGAAAACUUUGGAAGUAUUGGGUAAAGAAGAGGCAGCCAGGCAAGAGGAGGAGAAGGUAAGGAAAAUGCAGGAGGCCAAGAGAGUGGAUGAGGUCAAAAGGGAAGAAGAAAGAAGACGAAUGGAGGAGGAGAGGAGAAGACUGGAGGAGGCCAAGAAGGAAGAGGAGAGGAGAAGAAUGGAGGAGGCCAGGAGGGAGGAGGAGAGGAGAAGAAUGGAGGAAGUCAAGCGGAUGGAAGAAAAGAAGAAAAUGGAAGAGGAAAAAAAUAAAGGAGAGGCCAGUAAAGUAUCUACUUUAUUAUCCAUGGUUAGAGGAAAGAAGGACUCUGGUAAGAAAGAGGAUAGUGUUUAUCCAUUAUCCUCUACUGAUCAGGAAUCACGACAGAGUCAUUCAUCAGAGGAAUUUGAAGUUUUGAAGUCCACUAAUCCCUUUGAGGAGCCACCUCCAAAGAAGACUUCACUGAAUCCUUUUGAGGAUGACAUGCCAGUCACCCCUGGAACAGGAUUUCCAAGCAGGACUGCGAAGGUGUCUGCAGUGAAACCAAGAUUGGAAGUGUCUCCCAAGGCAGAAACUGUCCAUGAACUACCUCCCCAAACCUCUCCUGAUUGCAUUGACCACCUUACUUCCCCUUCUGACCUUUUUACCAAUGCCCCUCAUGCCUUCUCCAGUCUCCAUGCCUCCUUUUCUCCUCCCAUUCCUCUUCACACCUCCAGAACUACAUUAAUAUCUCCUCCACUUUCCCCAGUCAACACUGGUUUCACAAAGAAGGCACAUCUCUCAUCCUCCAGCAGGAGUUCCGUCAAGUCUCUUCUUGAAGAACUGAAAAAAAAAAGAAGUGAAUCUUUUGAUGGUGAAGAUCUUUCAUCUUCUCCACUGAACCCUGAACUAAUCCAUCAAUACAGUAAAGAUGAUGAAUUUCUAAAAUCACCAUCACCGGACUCUGUAACCAGAACAAUGUCUCCAAAUCCAUUGAACAGUUAUCAGUCUCCCACCAACAUAUUGGAUCAACUGAAUUUACGUUCUGAAAUAAUACCAGAUAAACCUGCUUAUAAUUGUCCUGCUAUGGACUUGCCUGUAUCAGAUACCCACUUAACUUUAAAAGAGAAAAAUGGUGACACAACACUUGAAACAACCCAUAAUUUGGUGAGUUUAGAACCAAGUGUUAAUGUGGAUAUUUUACCCUUAAAGUCUGACACAUCUAUUCCAGAAAAGACUUGUUCGGAUAUAAGCCAUUCUUCUCAGGAACACAGACUAGAAGUUCCAAAUGAACUUCCAAAACCAGCCACCAGAUUUUGGAGCAGACAAGAGAAUGCUGAACAGGCAACUGCAAAAUACACACCAAAACCUGCACCAAGGACUGUAAUAACAAAUAUGGAUAUUAAAGAAGUGUCUAAUGACAUUUUAAAUAAGCCAGGCGACACGAGAAAGGAUGAUAAAAUUCCUAGUAUUAAUGUAAAUGAAAUUGCAUUGAUCAAAAAGAGCUCAAUUGAUACAGAAUCUGAGGGUGCAUCAUCAAAGCUGGAAACAAAAUACAGUUUUAAUGGUCUUGGGAGAGAUGGUGAUCUUAAAGGAUGGAACAUUCCUUUAAGGGGAAAAAAGGAGGACAGCAGUUUAAUGGAGCAGAUGAACCCAAAGACAGAUCAAUUGCAGAGUAAGAACUUCAAACCAAAAGAUCAAUUAAAGGAGCUAAGCAAAAGUAAGGGUGAAAUGUUGAUUAAAAAGGAGACUGAUGUUACAGGAAAUGCUAAUCUGCCUGUUAAGAAAAAUGAAUUUCUUGUUCUUUCCAGCCAUACUGUGGAAGGGGCAUUGGUAAUCCCAGAUAGUGUGGCUCAACCUGACAUAGAAACAGAGAGAAUAAUGAAGCGUACACAUUCUGACAGCAAUCAAAUGUAUUCUGUUCUUGAAGAUAGUGUGACCAAACCCUCCUCAUCUGUGAGAAGUGUUACCCUGAUGCAAAAUGAAAAAACUGUUCUUUCCAACCAAGUUGUGGAGGAGGUGCUAAUAGUAAAAGAUAAAAUAAAUAUGCCUGAAAUGUUAAAGGAAACAUCAUCCAAGAGCAGUGAAAUUCAAUCUGUAGCUGAAGUGAAUGUGAACAAAACCUCCCCAUUCACAAUAACGGACAGUUGUAUUUCACAGCAACAUAAAAAGCCUGCUUUUUCCAACAAUGUCCUGAAAGAGAUGUCAGAAGUGAGAAAUGAGGUGAAUCAAACUGACUGCGAUGACAAUGAACUUUUGAAGCAAGCACCCUCUGAGAUCAAAGAAAUGCAGUCUGAACCUGAGGUAACUUUGAAAAAACCACUCUCAACCACAGGAAAAGUACAUUUGUCCAUGCAGCAGAAUAAUGAACUUGCUGUUUCUAACCAAGUUACAAAUUGGGCUUCAGAUCUAAGAGCUGACAACAAUGCUGAUGAAAUACUGAAACAGGUACCCUUAGACAACAAUAAAAUGCAGUCUGUACCCAAAAGUGGUGUAAAUAAUUCAUCUCUGGUUGCAUACAGACAGGUAGAGGUUACCACUGAUAGCUCCUCUAAGGAGUUAAAGGAUUUUGAAGAAAAGGGAGUUCUUAUAGAAAGCAGGGAAGACAAGCAGUUAAAAAUAGUUAAAAAGCAUGUGCCUUUGGGAAGCAUAGAAGAUCAGUUAUUAAAUGAUCCUCACGCUUCAUCUGAUGCUCAGAAUAGUAUUGAAAUCUGUAAAAGUGAAGGGCAUUUGGAUAGGAAAUCCUUAUCCAGUGAAGUUCUAGGUCACACUUUCUGCUCAGAUGAAGGCCACUCUCUGUCUGAAAUGAAGAAAAAAGGACAAGCAGCUUCUCUGUAUAAGCAGAGUAAUGUAGCUUCUCGUCCAGAAAAUCCAGAUUUUAUGAGUAAUAAGGAAAUUUCAGGUAGCAAAAACCAUAAAACUGAGGCCCCAGAUGAAUCUGCAGACUCUGCUACUAUAAAAAGACAAAAGUCAGUGAACAGGAAUGAAUUCAGUAAGACUCAAGAUAUUCCAUUUGUGUCUGACAAGCCAGCAGAUCCAGUUCCCCCUCUUUCCACUCUCUCCCCGAUUACCUCUGAUCUUUAUACCCUCUCACCCCAGAAGACAAAUGCCUCAGAGGGCCACAAUCAGCCUGUUACCUCCAGGGGGAAGAAACUGUUGAAGGCCAUGGUUUUGCCCUUGGAGACACAGCCAAUUGUGAAGGAUGCUGCCACUGAUGCAACAGAAUCUGGUCCAGUCACAGGACGGCGCAGACCCCACCCAGUGAAACCACUGAGCUCCCUGGAAAGCCAGAAAACCACUGUGAUCAUGAUGGAAAGGGAUCUGAAAAACAUUGGGGUGAAUGAGGACAUAUUUGGCCAGAGUGGGCUAAUCAAUCCCCAGGUUUCCAACACAGCAGGUGCUGCCCCCUACUCACAGUUGACUCGUGAAGAGCUAGUAGCUUUGGUGGUGAAACAAAAAGGGACUUUAGCUAAAAAGGACGUUCAAAUUCGCGAGCUGGAGGAUUACAUUGACGACUUGCUGGUCCGUGUAAUGGAGGCAACACCCAACAUCCUGAGAUCACAGCCAUCGAAACAAGCAGGCAGAGUCUAGUGAGGUGGAACCCUUUGGGAAGUAAGAGUUCUCUGAACACUGCUCUGAGAAGGCUGGCUACUUCUCACUUGGGAGUGUAAGGGUACUACUGCUAUAAAAGCAAUUUUGUAGUAUGGACACUAAAACGUCAGGCAGUUUUCCAUGUGCUAAACAUAACUUCCAAGCACAAGUUUUAAUUUUUUGUGCCUUCUUCACUUUAGCUCCUACACUGUUAGAGACAUGCAGGAAAUCUGUUGGACCUGCAGAUAAGCCAGUUGGCUUUUUAUAGUACAAGACUAUAUUUAACAUUAUAUACAGUAUCUUGGCAAUUCUCUUUGAAAGGUAUUGAAAUCUUUGUGCAUUUUUUAAUUGGUUACUCAAAAAUAUCUAUUCUUUCUCCUCUUUAUUUAGUAGUUCAGAUUGGAAUGCAGCAUUUUUGUGUUUUAACUUUAGUUUUCAGAGGUAUGUUUUGAAACAAUGAAAAAUUAUUAAUUUAGUUUUCAGCUUUCAAUUUCAAAGUAUUUAGCCCAGUAGAUGUCAUUUUAAUUGGGAGAGUGAAAAAAUGGAAAAAGACAGGAUCAAACCUGGAAGUCACCCUCAGACUUGGUACAUCUGGUCAUGUGGCUGCUUUGCAGUGCCACGAUUAGCCUACCAAUCAGGUCUUAUGUUAAAAAAAAAAAAAAAAGGUGCCAAGCUCAAUAGUAUUAGAACAUAUGUUUUGGAGUGUUUUUAUUGCUGUGUCUUGUUUAUUUUUGGGAUUUAAAAGAAUCUAUUUUUAGUGUUAUAAGUAAGGAAUUUCAUGGUAGAAUCGGCCCUUUAAAAAACAAAUCAGCAGUUGCAAUGCAACAGUGACAUACUAGCAGAGUGUAUUUGAGAAAUUGUGUGGCACUGAUUUGGGAUCACUUAUUUGUAUUUGUAGACCCUGCUCUCCUGACAGUGGUUGUUCCUGGGCAUCACAUACAUGGCCACUUCAGUUUUUUGCCUUUAACACCCUCACUUGAUAAAACAUGCAGCUGUAACAUUUCCAACAGUUUGAGGUUAACUGAAGUAAUUUGCUUAUUUAUAAAUGAAAUGUAUAUUUUAUGAUGAGAUUGUGUAUGAUCUGGUAUUAUAUUUAUAGUUAUAUAAAAAAAGUUUAUUCUUCCAUGUGAAACUUAAUAAAAAAGUAUAUUGUAAA